GGAGAAUCGAGAAGCUAGAUGCCCGGGGGAGGGAAGGGGAGACGUCAACGAAGACCUGAGCGAGGCGAGGAGGGGCACUAUUCACGUCACCCCACCACCACCACCACCACCACCACCAGCUGCAGCUCUGCAUUAACCUCUUUUCACAGCCCUUUCCAACAGCAGGUUCCUGCUGCGUGCCUCCCGGGAGCCCGUGAAGCAAAACCCAGACUAAACCGGAGAGAUUGUAGCACUUCAGUUUCUGGCCCCAGUAUCUGAGGAAACCAUGGGAUGGUCAGCAGGGAGGUGGAAAGAGUUCCAGGACUGGAGGAAGAGUGUGCUGUUUGUGUACCCCCCAACACACACACACCUGUGGAAACAAGUCGCUAGCAGACAUCGGCAUGGCCUUGCGGAAGAUAGCGCUGCUGCUCAAGCCAGACAAGGAGAUUGACCAUCAGGGCAACCACGUGGUAGUCAAGACCCUCAGCACCUUCCGCAACUACAUUCUGGAAUUCGAUGUGGGAGUUGAGUUUGAAGAAGAUCUAAGGAUCGUGGAUGGACGAAAAUGCCAGACCAUAGUAACCUGGGAGGAGGAGCAGCUAGUAUGUGUGCAGAAAGGGGAGGUCCCCAACCGAGGCUGGAGACACUGGCUGGAGGGAGAGACGCUGUAUCUGGAAGGCAAGCAAGAAAGGAAAACAAAAGCACUGGGAAGAGGAGCGAGAGGAAGAAAUAGAGGGGCCAGUUGGGCCCCUGGCUACAAAUCAGAUGAAUGUCCAUAAAUCAUGACUGGAGCGAUGGAGACUUAGCCGUUUCACAUUCUGUGACCCAGCUUCCUUCCUUCCUCUGGGGUGAAAAGUUGAAGGUUUGGGACAAUGAUACAAUUCCCCAUACAUCAAGCACUCCGACUGCUGUAUCCUGAAGGAUCAAAUGGGGCUCCAGGACCUCAAGAAAGGAACUCUGGCUGGCAAGAACCUUCUUUCUCUCUCCUCAUUAUUCCUACUGUGUCCCCAGGAACUGACUGCAAGGGAUGCAGUGUGCGAGCAGGUCUUCAGGAAGGUCAAAUAGCCAGAGAGGAGCUGAGGGGCCCUCCAGACUGCACCGGUCCCCAGGCUCCUCCUGGGGAGGAGGCCUUAUACCCCUUCAAGCCAGAUUGUUCCAGGUCAGCAGUCCCUUUUUUUGGGCCACUUACUCUCCCUCCAGGUCCCUCCUCCCUCCUCCCCACGUUAAUCUAUAACUUGUAGCCCCCAGGCCAAAGUCUUUUGUCACACUCCACUGCCUCACAUCUGGUUCAAGGUCUGGCCUCCUGGAUGAAAGAAACAGGCAAAGGGGAAAGACCCCUUGAGAACAGUGGGUCUCAACUCUCUUCAUUUCAUUUGGUUUCUUCUUUUCCAUCUAAGAAAGAACUAAGCUUUGAGCAUUUGAGGACUAGUGAGAACUCUUCCUGGUGAAACUUCUGGAAAACUGAGUUGGGUUCAAGAAUGUAAACAGGAGCUACUGGUAGA